CGGGACGGGCGCGCGCGCGCGCGGGCUGUGCACACAGGGCGCGCGCCGGGCAGCUCCUAGGGUCUGGCGGGGCGGCUGAGGCAGCUGGACCAGACGGCUGACGAGGCGGCGCGGAGAUGGCCGAAGGCAGCGCUGUGUCCGACCCUCAGCAUGCCGCGCGUCUGCUGCGAGCGCUCAGCUCUUUCCGCGAGGAGUCCCGCUUUUGCGACGCGCACCUGGUUCUCGACGGGGAGGAGAUCCCCGUGCAGAAGAACAUCCUGGCGGCCGCCAGCCCGUACAUCAGGACAAAGUUAAACUAUAAUCCUCCAAAAGAUGAUGGAUCAACCUAUAAGAUUGAACUUGAAGGGAUAUCGGUAAUGGUUAUGAGAGAGAUCCUGGAUUACAUCUUCAGUGGGCAGAUCCGGCUGAACGAGGAUACAAUCCAAGAUGUUGUACAGGCAGCGGACCUGCUCCUGCUGACGGAUCUCAAAACGCUGUGCUGUGAGUUUCUGGAAGGCUGCAUCGCCGCUGAGAACUGCAUCGGCAUCCGUGACUUCGCCCUCCACUACUGCCUGCACCACGUCCACUACCUGGCCACGGAGUACCUGGAGACUCAUUUCCGUGACGUCAGCAGCACAGAAGAGUUCUUAGAACUCAGCCCGCAGAAGCUUAAAGAAGUGAUUUCUCUCGAGAAGUUAAAUGUCGGCAACGAAAGAUACGUGUUUGAAGCGGUAAUUCGAUGGAUAGCACAUGACACAGAACUGAGAAAGGUUCACAUGAAGGACGUGAUGUCAGCGCUGUGGGUUUCAGGGUUAGACUCCAGCUACUUACGGGAACAGAUGCUCAAUGAACCUUUAGUACGAGAAAUCGUCAGAGAGUGCAACAACAUACCACUGAGCCAGCCGCAGCAGGGGGAGGCCAUGCUCGCAAACUUCAAGCCCCGGGGCUACUCGGAGUGCAUUGUGACUGUUGGCGGAGAAGAGAGAGUUUCACGGAAACCAACAGCAGCGAUGCGAUGUAUGUGCCCUCUUUAUGACCCUAAUAGGCAGCUUUGGAUUGAACUGGCCCCUUUAAGCAUGCCAAGAAUUAACCACGGAGUUCUCUCAGCAGAGGGAUUCUUGUUCGUAUUUGGGGGCCAAGAUGAAAAUAAGCAGACCCUGAGUUCAGGAGAAAAAUACGACCCAGAUGCGAACACGUGGACGGCAUUGCCACCGAUGAAUGAGCCACGACAUAAUUUUGGUAUUGUGGAGAUAGACGGAAUGCUGUACAUUUUAGGAGGAGAGGAUGGUGAGAAAGAGCUAAUUUCCAUGGAGUGUUAUGACAUUUAUUCUAAAACCUGGACGAAGCAACCUGACCUGACCAUGGUUAGAAAGAUCGGCUGCUAUGCAGCUAUGAAAAAGAAAAUCUAUGCCAUGGGUGGAGGGUCGUAUGGAAAACUCUUUGAAUCCGUGGAAUGUUAUGACCCAAGGACCCAGCAGUGGACUGCGAUCUGUCCGCUGAAGGAGAGAAGAUUUGGAGCCGUGGCCUGCGGCGUGGCCAUGGAGCUGUACGUGUUUGGGGGCGUCCGAAGUCGGGAGGACGUCCAGGGCUCUAAUGAGAUGGUCACUUGCAAGUCUGAAUUCUACCAUGACGAGUUUAAACGAUGGAUCUAUCUUAACGACCAGAACUUGUGCAUCCCCGCCAGCUCCUCUUUUGUGUACGGAGCUGUGCCCAUAGGAGCCAGUAUUUACGUUAUCGGAGACCUCGAUACAGGUACCAAUUACGACUACGUGCGUGAGUUUAAAAGAAGCACAGGGACCUGGCACCACACGAAGCCACUCCUUCCGUCUGACCUUCGCCGCACCGGGUGCGCAGCCUUACGCAUUGCAAAUUGCAAGCUUUUCCGCCUGCAGCUCCAGCAGGGCUUGUUCCGGAUCCGUGUCCAUUCACCUUGAAGAGGGGCCGGAGCAGAGGCAAAGCUCCCGACCAAACGCACCGUGACACAGCUUUCUGCGAGGGGAACAGAGGUGGCAGCCGAAACUUGCUCUGUGUGCCGGGCUUUGUAUGGUAACUCUGGUGGUUUUACUGUAAUGCUUAGAAGCCUGAGGUUCCGCUCUCGUUGGGGAGAACCCGUAACUGUGGAAAAAGCUCCCUUGGAGGAAUCCCGUCCUCCACUUAGAUGUGUCUGCAGACAAACGGAGGCUAGUCACUGUCAAAGGGAGAAGGGAAGUGGGAAUCGGUAUCAUGUAAAAUAUUGAAGUUAAAAUCCUAAGGUGCAUUUUCCCUGAAGGGAACUCAUAUCUGAGUGACUGCUGUGUUCGAGUACCUGGCUUUGGUAAACAAACAAAAAUCCGUAUAUGCAAAUCAACAUAUCCAAACUACCGAGAUUGCUUUCCUACUGCACUUGGAAGGAAAUAUCAUGCCUAACCCUGCCUGACCGAUUAAGGUUUGUGCCUAAAAUGUUAGAUUGGACUGUAUGCCGGUUAGUGUCCGUUUACUACUAGUACUGUGUCCGAAGACUCUUUUUUAAACUAUAUUAUCAUGAAUUGAAACUAAGAUAAAAUUUCUCGUUUACGACAUUCUAUCUUAGUCAUCUAAAGGUUCAGUAAAUCCAUGAGUCAGGUUGCAGCCCUUGUGUGAAUUUAAGGGAAGUUGCUGACUUCUAUAUUAAUUCAGAUACAUCAUGCCAUAAUUUCUGGGGUAGUUCUCCUGGAGUUGUGAAGGAUUCAUGCAGUGCUGUUCCUCCUUGCAAAUAAUCAGAACCAUUUUAUAAACACGAGGUUAUUAAGCAGAGUAGGAGAUUUUCUAGAAGAAAGACGUAAGUCAGACAAAUCAUAAAGGUCUGCUGUGACUACAAAAACUGUCCAGACAAAAUAUAUAGGGAUCAAAAACUUCAAUCUGUCUGAAAGCACACAAAGUCUUGUUUACUGCUGUUUAGGAUUGAAAACUUGUCUUAGAACGCACACCUGGGUAAGAAUCUAGUCUUUGUAGCAGAAUUUUCUCAGUGCCGUUUACUAGCAAGAGUUUUAGACAAAUUAUGUUAUAAGUAACGUUUGGCUGGUAGAAUAAACUACCUCAACUUAAUUUCAUUCUGUUCAUAGUAGAGCGAAUUAUCUCUUCCUCGACCCUCUGCCCCCCCACUCCCAUGUCACCCCACUUCCCAUUGGGGGAGGAAGUCUGUCGUUAGUAGCACUUAUUUUGUAAGAUACUUUGUUUUCCAUUCAAAUUAUGCCACCUUAGUGUGCAAUCAGAGACUUCAAAGUGCUCAAUGACAUCAUAAUUUGAAUUUUAUGCAAUAUCAGAUUUCUAAUCGAUUUAAUACAAAGCUCUUCAUUUCUAAUUGUUUCCUACAGCUUUUUCCCCCCUCUUGGUAAAUGGCUGUAAGAAGCAGUAUUUUGUCUUAAUAAUUAAUAAAUGUAUAAAUGUA